AUGAUGUUCUUUUUCGUGUUGAUCAUCGUUCUCGUCGUAUCCAUGGAGAGGCCGGCCAUGGCGGCUCGGGAAUCGGAUUUCUUGGUGGAUAUAUUUUCUUCCGGGAGGGAUGAGAUGGUGCGGUACUGGGCCGGUUACGGGGAACAAAAGCUCUCGACGGUCGUGAUUCGCGGCAAGAUUUUCUGCUAUGGCAGUGGUGUUGCUAGAGAGAAAGCAGCUUCCGAUCCAGUCUCAGGUGCAAGAGUAGCUGUUUUGUGCGGUUCAAGCUCGAAAAGGAAGAAAACAUGGGCGAAAACUGACACGGAUAGUUCUGGAAACUUCUUAAUCGAUCUACCUUCACAUCUCCAUGCGAUCCCGAACUUGGAGAAAAUAUGCUACGUCAAAGUCGUUCGUCUCCCGAAAACUAGUUCGUGUCGUCUGGUCCGAAAACAUAAUCCGAUACGACUAACCUCAAACAUCGACGGCAUCCGCAGUUACACGACCAACAACAUAGAAUUGAUGCCUCGCAAGCAUACAUAA